AUGCAGACCGAAGAAGUCCCGAUCUCAUUCCUCGUCCGGUUUGAGCCGGGUGUCAUUCCCCCCCAGAAAAUACGAUGGGAGCAGAUGCACAUACCCGUCGGUAGUGACGGCUUCAUACCCUCAGGGAAAAAGGAGUUCAUCGCGAACGAUGUCUACCCUAAGCUCACCCACCCCGCGCUAGUCACAGAGAGGCUCGAGACCGACCCCGCGGUCUUGCUGAUAUCAACUGGCGUGCGGCACAUUUCCGAGGCCUUCGACUUCCAAGCUCCCAUCAACGCAUGGGUACCAGUAACAACCAAGCUCGUCCCGAGCCCCACUUCCACUGGCACAACAGCGAAGGCCGUCUACGGCCUGCUCGUGCGAAUCCUCGAGCAAGGCGAGAAACCCGAGUUCCGGCAAGACGGGACCUUCGUGACCCUCGACCCCGCCCAGAUAGUAGAUCCCCAGAUGCACGGGCCACAGACGAUGCAGUCCUUCCUGAAUGACGGCAUGAAGCAGGAAAUUGCGCUCCGAUUCCCCUCCCGGGACGGUAAGAGCCUCCAGCUGGAACACUAUUUCGAAUGCCGCUUCGCUGGAAGACUUUUCCUCGAAUGCGCCAGCCGCUGCGCGAACGACUUCCGGGACGGCCUCUUCCUCCUCGACCGGUUGCUCAACAACCAGAGGAACCUCGCGUGGACGUCGGUGAGUCUCAACGCACUGAAAAAGAAAUACUUUUCAGGAGAUACCAUCCAUUACAACGACGAUGUCGAUAUCAUGAGAGAAUAUAUGUGCGCCGCGUCAAAGCGGUUUAAGGCCCUGGUCCUGGAAUUAGCGACGCAUUGCAUCUUCAAGUACGAGCAGGACUCGGUUGUUCUGCUGAUGUUGAAAGUUAUAUGGCAAACGCCUUUCUGCACUGGAGAUUGGGGCAAAUUCCUGAAACGUAGGACAGACGGAACGGUAGAGAAAUGGACCAUUGGGAUGUGA